AUGGAUCCAUAUAGUCAGUCAUCUAGUUAUAUGGGCCUUCUUAACAGUCAAAACUUUCCUUAUGAAAGUUUUCCUCCAUUCAGUUCACAACAAACCGACGCUGGAACUCUACGUGAAGACACACCAGUGGACCGUAAGGAGAGAAGGAAAUGGACCCCAGCCGAUGACGAGGUUCUAAUCAGUGGGUGGCUGAACACAUCUAAGGAUGCAGUCGUUGGGAAUGAACAAAAGUCAGGGACUUUUUGGAAACGAGUAGGCGAAUAUGUCGCAGCAAGUCCUCAUACUAGAGAGGGUGGUGAAACAAGAGAGCAUCUCCAUUCAGAAAGACAAAUCAGUUCUGGUCAGAAUGAAAGUGAUGUUCUCAAGGUGGCUCAUGCCAUCUUCUACUCUGAUCACAACACGAAGUUUAAUCUUGAGCAUGUGUGGUGUGUGUUGAGGUAUGAACAGAAAUGGCUUAACCUUAACACUCCUAAAUCCACUAGCAGUUCAAAGAGAAAAACUGGUGAGACAGGUUCCCAAACUUCAAGCACCACUGUUGGUGAUCAAGACAUCUGGCCUGAAGGUGUAAAGGCUGCUAAAGCUAAAAGGAAUAAUGAUCAAGGGAAGUCUGUUGCUGAGUAUACGACCAUUUGGGAUUUGAGUUAUGGUCUUAGUUUCAUGUUUAAUUUGUAA